CGGCAGCCUCCUCACGGAGAGUUUUCUCCCUUUAUUUAUCUCUGCAGCGACGGCUGGGCGGACAGGUACGAUGUGACAGACGGCUACCAGCGGGAAGCUGUUGGCGGAAUAACGAUCAAGCUCCAGUCUCCCGACGUGAAGUGGUUUGAUGACUAUUACCUGCAGCUUCAGCCGGAAACCAAUCUGCGAAACCCCUGGUUUCAGGAAUUUUGGCAGCACCGUUUCCAGUGCCGGCUGAGAGGGUCCCCCCAAGAAAACACGAAAUUCAACAAGACCUGCAGCAGUAAUCUGACCUUGAGAACACAACAUGUGCAAGAUUCUAAGAUGGGCUUUGUGAUCAAUGCGAUCUACUCCAUGGCAUAUGGACUCCAUAACAUGCAGACGGUCUUGUGCCCGGGCUACGCAGGUCUUUGUGAUGCCAUGAAGCCCAUCGAUGGACGGAAACUCCUGGAUUCUCUUAUGAAGGCCAACUUCACUGGGGUUUCCGGGGACCCGAUCUCAUUUGAUGAGAAUGGAGAUUCACCAGGACGGUACGAGAUUAUGAAUUUCAAGAAGAUGGGGAAGGAUUAUUUCGACUAUAUCAACGUCGGCAGCUGGGACAACGGGGAACUGAAAAUGGACGACGACGAGGUCUGGUCAAAGAAAAACACCAUCAUCCGCUCUGUCUGCAGCGACCCUUGCGAGAAAGGGGAGAUCAAGGUCAUCCGCAAAGGAGAAGUCAGCUGCUGCUGGACUUGUACGCGAUGUAAAGAGAAUGAAUAUGUCUUCGACGAAUACACCUGCAAGGCAUGUGAGCUGGGAUCCUGGCCCACCGAGGACCUCACAGGUUGUGAUUUAAUCCCGGUCCAAUUCCUCCGAUGGGGAGAUCCAGAACCCAUCGCCGCAGUUGUUUUUGCCUGCUUGGGUCUCCUGGCUACCAUGUUUGUCACCGCCAUCUUCAUCAUGUACCGUGAUACACCAGUGGUCAAGUCCUCAAGCCGGGAGCUCUGCUAUAUCAUCUUAGCGGGCAUCUUUUUGGGUUACCUGUGUACUUUCUGUCUCAUCGCCAAACCCCAGCAGAUCUACUGUUAUCUUCAAAGAAUAGGCAUUGGUCUCUCCCCGGCGAUGAGUUACUCUGCCCUAGUGACCAAAACCAACCGCAUUGCGAGGAUCCUGGCCGGGAGUAAGAAGAAGAUCUGCACCAAGAAACCCCGCUUUAUGAGCGCCUGCGCCCAGCUGGUCAUUGCGUUUAUCUUAAUCUGCGUGCAGUUGGGCAUUAUAGUGGCCCUCUUCAUCAUGGAGCCGCCGAAUAUCAAGCACGAUUACCCGAGCAUCCGAGAGGUGUACCUGAUUUGCAACACCACCAACUUGGGGGUCGUGACUCCCCUCGGAUAUAAUGGCUUACUCAUCUUGAGUUGCACUUUCUACGCGUUCAAGACCAGGAACGUCCCCGCAAACUUCAAUGAGGCCAAGUACAUUGCCUUCACGAUGUACACCACGUGUAUAAUCUGGCUGGCCUUUGUGCCGAUUUAUUUCGGGAGCAACUAUAAGAUCAUCACGAUGUGUUUUUCGGUAAGCCUGAGUGCCACCGUGGCUCUCGGCUGCAUGUUUGUUCCAAAGGUGUACAUCAUCCUGGCCAAACCGGAGAGGAAUGUACGCAGCGCGUUUACCACCUCCACCGUGGUCCGGAUGCACGUUGGGGAUGGAAAGUCGUCUUCCGCCACGAGCCGUUCCAGUAGUUUGAUCAACUUGUGGAAGAGGAGAGGAUCUUCCGGAGAGACUCUAAGGUACAAAGGCAGAAAGCUGGCCCAGCACAAGUCGGAAAUAGAGUGUUUCACUCCAAAAGGGAGUAUGGGCAAUGGUGGGCGAGCGACCAUGAGCAGCUCCAAUGGGAAAUCAGUCACGUGGGCCCCGAAUGAGAAGAGCACGAGCCGGGGGGCCCACCUGUGGCAACGGCUGUCGAUCCACAUCAACAAAAAGGAGAACCCCAACCAAACGGCGGUGAUCAAGCCAUUCUCGAAAAGCACAGACGGCGGCCGCCACGGCGUCGCCGCCACCACGUUCCCAGAGUCCAGUGCCAAGACGCUUUAUGACGUCUCCGAAGCGGAGGAGCACUACCCCGCUCAGUACCGAGCCCAGACCCCCUCUCCCAUCAGUACGGUCAGCCAGAGGACUGCCUCCCUUAGCCGGACAGAAGACGACGUCCCGACGUUCCAGACGGAGCAAGCCCAGCGCAGCAGCUGUUCCCAGGGCUCUCUGAUGGAGCAGAUCAGCAGCGUGGUGACCCGCUUCACCGCCAACAUCAGCGAGCUCAACUCCAUGAUGCUGUCCACCACCACGCCGGGAACGAUGGUGGCCACUCCUCUGUGUUCUUCCUACCUGAUCCCGAGAGAGAUCCAGCUUCCGACGACCAUGACAACGUUUGCAGAGAUCCAGCCCCUCCCAGCCAUCGAGGUGAAUGGCGCAUCGCAGUCGAGCCGGAAGCCGUCUUGCGGGAGCAUCAAAGAAGGGCCUUCCACGGAAGUGCCGCCGGCCAUUGCCAAGCCAGAGCUGGAAGAGUUGGUGGCUCUGACCCCGCCUUCCCCUUUCAGGGACUCGGUCGAUUCUGGUAGCGGCUCGCCCAGCUCGCCGGCGUCCGAAUCGGCCCUUUGCAUCCCUUCCUCGCCCAAAUAUGACUCGCUUAUGAUAAGAGAUUAUACUCAGAGUUCUUCUUCGUUGUGA